UCGAUCGGGCACGAGAUUAAAUUUUCUCGGAUACCUCGAUACGCGUUUAACGAUAGUAGUCUUUACGCGACGCGCCGAUAUCCGUCGUUAAUUAUUGCUUCUCGCGCGAGAUCGUUUCUCGGCAACAUUUAUAGACUUCCCCCCUCGCAUGGCGUUGCAAGUUCCGUGAGAAGUGUUUUCAAAUCCUGCAAUUAUCGUUCGUGUCCUCUUCUUAGCGACAGUCGUGUUGCCUACGCUAACACACUUAAGUAAGCUUCAUUUGCGCUAGCAAGCUUUAAGCUGUAUGACCGUGUUGAUGUGUGAUUUGAACGCGUGAUAUUGGACUGCUGGAAAAAAUAGAUAUUGUGAAAAUAUAUAAACUAGAGUGAAGCACUAGGGUGCUGACAAUUUCUAAUUGAUAUUGACUGACAACCUCAGGAUGACAUCUAAAGUGCUGAUGAAACUACCAACAGUACCCUUCCCUCAAGGGAAGAAAGCACCGCCCGACCUGGUUUCUUUGACUGAGAGAAACGAUGGAUUCGCACACGUUAGGCAUCAAGGCCUGAACGUAGAUAGAGUGAUGCAACUGGAGCAGAACAUGAAAUUUUUACAGGAGCAACAUCAGGCAACUCUGGUUGCUUUACAUCAGGAGAUAGAAUGCUUGCGUCAAAGAAAUAGAGAUCUGCAAUUUCAAUUAGUAUUUUCCAAAAGAGCACACUAUGGUGCGGCUAGUAGUCCUUCUUCGCCCGAAGAUAAUGGAAAUGGGUUUGCGAAAUCAAAGGGUAGCCCAAUAGGUGUCAAUGUAACACCUCUGCAAGUGGAACUUCUGGAGAAAGACUUACAAGACAUUAAGGUGUCACUACAGGAGGCAAAAACACAUAACCAGUACUUGUCAAAUAUUAUAGAACAACAAAAAAAAAGGUUGGACGUAACGGAAGACCAGAAGAACAAAAUCGAAGUGGCGGACGUAGGAAUUCAAGUCGGAGAUCCCGUGCAAGCGAGCUUGGUUGUGCUUUUGGAGGAAUCGUACGCGAUGGUGAAACGAUUACACAAGGAGAAUGUGGAUCAAAAGAAGGAGAUAGCCUCGCUGAGAGCGGCCUCUUCGGCAAACAACGCUGGUACCAGCAGAGGCGGACGCUCCCGCGACGGUAAUAAUGCCCAUUACAACCGUGGUUCGCCUACGAGUGCGACGCAGGAACAGAACUCUCGUAAAUUUCCACCGUUACCAAUACCGAGCUACUGGCAUCGUAGAUCGCCGAGAUACUGCACGAAUCGACACGAGAAGCAAGAUCAUCAGGCGGACACGGACUCGACCGUUUUACCGCAGCUCCAAAAUGGCAGCGUAAAAUCGGCGGAAGCGGCCAGUUUCGAAUCGCCGUCUUAUCGAUCGCGCGAGUACCGCAAUUACGGCCGCGACGGCAACAAUCGCAAGUACAGAGGUCAAGCGUCGCGAAGAGACAGCAAUCAUUAUUACCACUCUCGCGAUUACAAAGACAGAAAUUCCAAGGAUCAUCCGAGAGACAUGAAUGACCCUGGGGAGGGAUCGAAAGAUGCGGGUAAUUCUCGGAGACAGUAGAUUGCAAAACACACACGUUGUCGAUGCGUGAUGUAAGGAUCGCGCGAUUUGGUGAACUUUAAUCCUUUGGAGCGCAUUGAGAAUUUCGAAUACUAUUACCAGCUGUAAGACACUUCUCGAUAAUGAAGUGAUCAAUGUUUUCUUCACUGGUGCUCUGAUCGAUCACGACAGUCUCGUGCAUAUAUAUGGCAUGUAAUAGGAUAGCGACGACGAAUGAGUAUAAACUGUACGAUUUUCGAUAGAACAAUCUAGUCUGUAUGCUAAUUUUACUCAUUAUAGGCUGCCAUAAAGGAAUAUAGGAACUCGCGCUUUGUAGAUUGACGAUAAUCAGCAGAGUGUUUAGCGGAAGAUUUUUUGCUAGGCAAGAAGACUUUUUUCUUCCCACAAAAAAAAAAGAAAA